AUGGCGCUACUCUCCUCCGCCCUACUGGCCCUCUCGCUAGUCGCCCGCACCCAAGCAUGGCCUGCACUACCAACCGAUGACGGAGACUUUGGCGCCUUUAUGACUCUUCCCGUCAUUCCUUAUACGACGCAGCACGAUGCCAAGGACAACGUUGCCCCGCGAGGGCUUCCUCUACCGGUGGAUGAGGGUUCGGAGACGAUGAUGAUGACGCUACCGGUGACUUCGAAGCUGAGGAGGAGACGUGUGAAUGGGAACCGCCCGCGGAAGCUUUUGCUCGACGACAUCCUCACUGACGACCUGGAGGCUUUGCCCGCUGCCCCAAAGCUCAAGCCUCCGGUUUCAAUGAGAGGCUUGCCGGUAGACGAUGAAGUCGACAUGAAGGCUACCUUCGUCACCUUGCCUGUCAUCCACUCCACGAAGCGUGGGGUCUUCAGCCGACAAGUCGAAGCGAAGCUCGCCAACCGUUCAGACGUGGCAUACUACGCGCAACUCAACAUCGGCACGCCCCCACAACCCGUCUACGCCCAGCUUGAUACCGGGUCCUUCGAAUUGUGGGUGAACCCGGAUUGCAGCAUACUCAGCGCCUCCGAUCAACGCUUCUGUGAAGCCGUCGGCUUCUACGACACCGCCAAAUCAUCGACCGUUACUCCAUUGCGGACGACGAAAACGCUGCGCUACGGCAUUGGCGCCGCCAACAUCACCUAUGUCCGCGACAACCUUGCCCUCGCUGGGUCACGGCAGACGAUGCAGAAUGUUCAGUUCGGUGUGGCCACGAGCUCGGAAGAUCAGUUUGCCGGUAUCCUUGGUAUUGGUGCUGGUGAAGGUGUCAACACGCGCUACAAGAAUCUCAUCGACGAACUUGCGGCUCAGAACGUUACUAAGACCAAGGCCUUCAGUCUGGCUCUGGGAUCAAAGGAUGAGCAGGAAGGGGCCAUCAUCUUCGGUGGAAUCGACACUUCGAAGUUUUCUGGAUCUCUGGCUCGCCUACCGAUCAUUCCUGCCGACCAGUCUCCUGAUGGUGUUGCGCGGUACUGGGUUGAAAUGACCCAGAUGAGCAUCACCCCGCCGAGCGGACGAACACGAUACUACCCGAACAGCAACAUGCCUGUCUUCCUCGACAGCGGAGCUACUCUCACCCUGCUACCUAUGGAUAUCGCGAACACGAUUGCGUCCGAUUUUGGCUCACCGGGUCUCGAUGCUAAUGGAUUCUACCCCGUCUCCUGUACUCUGGUCAACCUCAACGGAACUGUCGACUUCGACUUUGAAGGGAUGAAGAUCAAGGUGCCAUACAAGGAGAUGAUUCGUGAGCUGCGCACAAGCCCGCCGGUUUGUUACCUUGGCAUUGUUCCGAAUUCGGAUUUCACGCUGCUGGGCGACACCUUCCUGCGUUCAGCCUAUGCCGUGUUCGAUCUCGAUACUAAUGCUGCCUACCUUGCUCAAUACGUCAACUGUGGCACCCGGACGAUGGCUAUCAACCGCCCAGAAGAUAUUCCUGCCAUCAAGGGGUUGUGUCCCGGUGCCCCCGUAACGUCACCGGUCAAUAACGGUACCAUUACUGUGCCUAACACUGGUGCCGGGACCGGCUCAAACUCCGGAUCUGGUUCCGGGUCUGGCUCCGGCACAGGUUCCGGCACAGGAUCAAAUCUCCCAACCGGCGCCUCUCCAGAGACGUCGGGGCUUCCGUCGGCAGGUUCUGGGUCAUCAGCCUCAAUAUCGUCCCCCAGCUUCGCUGCGAUAGUGUCAAGCGUCAUCUUGACAUGGAUGGUCUUGUAA